CGUAUGUACAAGGCAAACUGAAAAGUUUUCUUUUAAAAAUUUAACAGAUUAUUUGAUCUUCCUGAUACCUUUGUACUAGAAUCAACUAAAUCACCACCAAAAUGUCAAAAAGUCAACUUCGCCAGAACUUCCACUCGGAAAGUGAAGCCAGCAUCAACAACCAAAUAAACAUGGAGAUGUGCGCCAGUCAUACUUAUCAAUCCAUGGCUUUUUACUUUGAUCGUGAUGAUGUUGCUUUGCCUGGAUUCAGCAAAUAUUUCAAGAAAUCCUCGGAGGAAGAAAUGGGACAUGCUGAGAAAUUGAUGAAAUACCAGAACAGACGUGGUGGAAGAGUUGUUCUUCAAGAUAUCAAGAAACCCGACCGUGACGAAUGGGGUACUGGAUUAGAAGCCCUGCAGGUUGCUCUACAACUGGAGAAAAAUGUCAACCAGUCUCUCUUGGAUCUACAUGCCGUUGCCGAUAAGCACAAUGACCCCCAGAUGCAAGACUUCCUGACAGGUGAAUACCUGAAAGAACAGGUUGACACCAUCAAAGAGAUGUCUGAUUACAUCACCCAACUUAAACGAGUUGGUACCGGACUUGGAGAAUACAUCUUCGACAGAGAGUCUCUCAGUUAAAUACCUACCUGGUUUUUCAAAAUAAAUACUUAUAUUUUCUAAAUAAAAGUACAAAUUAAAACGUU